AUGAAUCUCAAUAAGAUGAAUAGUUUCAGUUUAUUAUCUACAAAGAAACUUUCAAAUUUGAAUAAGAAAAAUGCUGGCGAGAACAUGUACAAUUUAUGCAGCAAUAGGGAAAGGAUUAAUGCCGGUGGCAAUUUCUUAAGCCUUUUUUUUUCCAAGCGUUUAGUUAUCGCCAUAGGUGCCAUUAUUUGUGUACUAUUACAGAACACUUGCACAUUUGAGAAUAAGACGAAUUCACAAUUUGGAUUAACUGCAAGAUUUCCUAGAAAAUUAAUUGAAAAAAAGAAAGAUGAGACUGGAGCAAUGGCAAGUCUAUUAUCUACUUUAGAUGUAUUAUGGAAGAAAGUGUCACCUCUGACUUCCAUUAGUAAUAUAAAAGAAGGCAAGUUAGAUUCAAAGAAAUAUCCACGAAAAGUGAAAGUGUUUGACAUGGAAAAAUUACUAGAACGAUGUCUUGAGAAUGGAAAAAUUUUAGACGAAUAUGAAAUAGACGUAAUGCUGAAAUAUUUAACACAACCAGGUUGCUUUAGUAAAUUAUAUGCUCUUGGUACGUGGUGGCAUGUUCUCAGGAAAGAGAAAAAUGAGAUGGAAAUUUUUCAUAUGCAAUUGUCAAGACUUCGCAGAGAAACAGCAAUUAUAUGUAAUUACAGUAUUGAAUUAUCAGAUAGCCUUUACGAGGAGGCUCAAGCUGACUAUACGCACAGAGCAAAAACUAUAGAAUCUAUUUAUAAUGAUAACAUUUAUGAUAUUUUCAACAGAAAAGAUAAAUCACCCGAGGAUUAUAAAGAUUGUGUUAUUAAGUAUCAAAAUGAACAGGAAAAUCUAAGGGAGCAAUUUUGGGAUGAAUGGGAAAAAACCUUUUAUGAAAGAAUGUCAGGAAAACCAUUUGUUAAAGAUAUAAUUAUAGGGCCAGCAGAAUAUGAAAUUGUAGAGUGA